UUCGCCGGCUAUCUGCCACGUUGAGGUGUUCCGGAAGGAGCCGCCAGCAGCUUUCAUCAUUGAUUUUAAAAUCACUUUUCACUUCACAUAUAAUACUUUCACAAUAUAUAUGUAAAUGAGAGUGUAGGAUAUUAGUGUGAAAGUCAUCUCGCCAAGUCUCAUUCUGCUAAACAGUCAUACAAGGUUUAAGCCAUGAAGGUGAAGGAUAUCGGUCGAACUGCCAACAUGGCAUGGAGUCCCGCGGGGCAGUACCCCAUCUACAUUGCCACUGGAACGGCAGCUCAGCAGCUGGAUGCAACAUUCAGUACCUCCGCCGCCCUGGAGAUCUUCUCCUUGGACCUGGACAAGAAAGGGCUGGAGAUGGAGAGAGCAGCCUCUCUCAGCACUGAACACAGAUUUCAUAAGUUGGUUUGGGGCAACUAUGGAAUGAACAAGGGCGACUUUGCCAACGGAACUGUCAUUGGCGGAACAGAUAAUGGGGGCAUCUAUGUUUAUGAUGCGGCAAAACUGUUGUCCGGUAGCGAGGCUCUGAUUCAUAAAAUGGACAAACACACAGGAGCAGUGAGGGCCCUGGAUGUAAACCCAUUCCAGUCAAACUUAUUAUCAUCCGGAGCAAGCGACUCAGAAAUAUUUAUUUGGGAUCUCAACAAUGCUGGAACGCCCAUGACACCCGGGGCAAAAUCGCAGCCUGCCGAUGAAAUUAGCUGUGUGGCAUGGAAUCGUCAGGUCCAGCAUAUCUUGGCGUCCACCUGCCCUGGUGGCCGAUGCGUUGUUUGGGAUCUGAGAAAAAACGAACCUAUCAUUAAAGUUACAGAUCACAGCUCAAGAAUACGAUGUAAAGCAGUGGCCUGGCAUCCCGAUGUAGCUACACAGAUGGUGCUAGCGUCUGAAGACGAUCACUCACCGGUCAUCCAGAUGUGGGAUCUCCGCUUUGCUACCUCUCCCCUCAAGGUUCUAGAAAACCAUCAGAGGGGUGUCUUAUCGAUAGCCUGGUGUCCUCAGGAUCCCGACCUUCUCCUCAGCUGCGGCAAGGACAACCGCAUCAUCUGCUGGAAUCCCAACAGCGCCGUCGCCGGCGGAGAGGUCGUCUACGAGCUCCCGACGUCCGCUCAGUGGAGCUUUGAUGUCCACUGGUGUCCGAGAAACCCGGGUUUGAUCUCUGCAUCGUCCUUCGAUGGGCAUAUCAGUGUGUAUUCGUUACUUGGAGGAGGUGGCGUGGAUAACUCGGUGCAGCAACAGCAAGCUGAUCAGAUUGCUUCAUCAUUCCCAGGUUCAGACCCGUUCAAUCGACCAGUCCCUCAGCAACAGACUCCAAAAGAACCAGUUAUGCUUAAGAAGCCACCCAAGUGGCUUCGGACACCAGUAGGGGCAUCCUUUGCAUUUGGUGGGAAGCUAAUCUCAUUCGAGAGUCCCAAGCAGCCACCCAACCAGCAGCAACAGCCGGUACCUCAGGCAAGGCCGGUUCACAUCAGUCAGGUCGUCACCGAGACAGAUCUCAUCAACAGGUCAAACACACUGGAGGAAGCCCUCUCCAAGGGGACCUUCGUAGAAUUCUGCAACAGCAAGAUCAAGCAAUCACAGAACGAGCUGGACACCCAGAUCUGGAGGUUUCUCAAGGUAAACUUUGAAAAGGAACCACGCAGUCAUUUUGUGAGCUUAUUGGGUCACGAUUCUCACGAGCUGGCGAGGAAAGCUGCCGUCGCUACUGGAGCGUCCAUGGGUCUCACCAAUGGCAGUUUAGAAGGGGAUGGUGUAGAUGCAGAAGAGCUUGCCGAGAGGAUGCAGAGAUUAUCGGGAGGAAGCCUGGAGCAGGAGGCUAAGCUUGGUAGUGGGUCAAAGACACCAAAUGACAUGUAUGGGGAUGGAGACGGCGCAGCAGCCUUCGAUGCCAUCGUAGCAGCCGGUCCAGUGGAAGUAGAGAAUAGAGGGAAAGAGGAUGUUGGAAGGUCAGCAUCACCGUUCACGAUAUCGCAAGAAGAUGACACCAAUGGCCUUGUCAGUCAAGCCAUCAUCACAGGCAAAUUUGAGAUCGCCGUUGAGCUGUGUAUCCAUGACAACCGUAUGGCUGACGCAAUCCUCCUUGCCAUCGCAGGGGGUCCGGAACUCUUAGCGAAGACGCAGCGAAAAUAUUUUCAGAAGACCAAGAGCAAUAUUUCCAGGUUAAUAUCGUCAAUUGUCACAAAAGAUGUCCGUGAUCUGGUGCAGAAUACAGAGCUGGAGAACUGGAAGGAGGCCCUCACUGCUCUGCUGACGUACAGCCAACCCAAAGAAUUCUCAACGUUAUGUGACAUCCUUGGUCAGAGGUUAGAGACUGAGGGGAAUGGUAAAUUAGCAGCUCAGGCCUGUUUAUGCUACAUCUGUUCUGGUAACGUAGACAAGCUGGUCUCGUGCUGGGCUCAAGUCAAUCAUGCCGCUACAUCCCCCAUGUCACUACAGGACCUUGUUGAGAAGGUUGUGACCCUUCGGAAGGCCAUUGAGCUGAAGGUCGGCUACGCCCCUGAGAUCUCAUCACCCAUCUUAGCCAGCAGAUUGACAGAAUACGCUCAUCUAUUAGCAUCGCAAGGCAACCUCAACACUGCCAUGAACUACCUAGGACAAUCACAUGAGGCUAAGAUUUUAGAAUUGAAGGACAGGUUACACAAAGCACAGGGUGGAGACAGCCGAACACAAUCGCCAUGGAAACAAGUCAACGUUCCUUCACAACAGCCAGCCCAGCAACCUCAAAAUCUUGGGGUGAAUUCCUUCCAAACAACCACAGUGUCGAGCAGUUCCUUCUACAAUUCACAGGUUACCUCUAGACUUCAAGGAAACGCCUACCAACCCCAGGGACAACAACCACAGCAUCCGCAACAGCCACAGCCGAAUGUCAACCAGGCAACGUAUGCAUCCACUCAGGCACCAGCUGCAACAUCGGCCACCACUACCACCACGUCGCAGUCGAAUAUGAGAAUGAAGGCAGGUGGUCCUAGGCAGUAUCCGUCGUACCCUCAGACGGGUAUGCAGCAGUUUUACUCAAGAGAGGCUCCAGGUAUGAACAACCCCGGUCAGGUAGGUCAACAGCCAGGGUUCCAGACGCAAGGGUUUGGCCAAACGCAACCUUACACCAACCCUCAGACCAGCACGGCGCCAGCGCCCCAACCUGGCGGCUUCUACAAUCCAAUGGACUAUGGUACGCAGAAUCCGGCAGUCUCCCAGCCCGUUGCCACACCGGGUCUCGGUGGAUACCAGCAGCCUCAACCAACGGUGUCCUCUGCCCCUAGCCAGUAUGCACCUGUCCCUACAUCAAGUCAUUCCACGCUGGAAAGUAAUGACCCAAAGAAGGCGUGGAACGAUCCUCCACUCCUCAAACCUAAAGCACAACCCACUGCCUAUGUACCCCCGCAGCCGAUCACCGCCCCUAUCAUGGGCGUCCCCGCAGAGGAACCUCAACCAGGCUACCAACAACCAACCGGCUAUCAACAACAGCAACCACCUCAACAAUACAAUCAACAACAGCAGAACCAGCAGGUACAACAAGAACAAUACGUCCAGCAAGAGCUACAUGCCCCCCAAGAUAAUGCACCUGUCAAACCAGCCCAGUCAGCACCAGAGAAACCCAAAUCCCCGCUACCGGCCGAACAUCAAUUCCUCUGUGAUACGUUCAAUGCUCUUGCACAAAGAUGUGGGGCUUCCCCUUCCGUUAAUGCUCAAAUGAAGCGAAAACUAGAGGAUGUUCACAGAAAGUUGGAGGUUUUAUAUGACAAGCUGAGGGAAGGAACGCUCUCGGCGAUGAUCCUGCAAGGCCUCCACGAGAUCGCCCACGACAUCGGGACGUACAACUACCAACACGGCCUGGGGGUCCACACGCGACUGGUUACCAGUGGAAACUUCUCCGAAAUCAGUGCCUUCAUGCCCGGCCUCAAGGUCCUCAUGCAGCUGGCCACGCAGCUUAGAGUAUGAAGCACCGCACGCUCCGUUCAGACGUGAUGCGGAAAAUGGCAGCAGAGAAUCCGAGGGGUGUUUUUCAAAGAGUUGGUUUGACUUAUGAGAGUUGUGCUUAAAUGCCAACACGCAUGUUGUUUAA